AUGUAUUCCAAAAAUGCAAAUGUUUUUGCUGCUAUACCAUCUUUACAUGCAGCAUAUCCAACAAUAACUGAUUUGUUUUUUUUUACAUUUGGUGUUUGGUUUUCUGCUGUUUAUUCUGGACAUCAUUAUGUUAUCGAUGUUCUCGCUGGUGGUACAUGUGCAGUAACAGCUUAUACAUUAUAUCGUCUUAUAUCUCGUAUUCCAACAAUAAAUCGAUUACUCGUGGCAUACAGUAAAUUAAUCUAA